GCCCGCACCGCAGCAGGGGAGCGGGAGUGGAGAGGACCCGGGGGAGCCCGAGAGCAAGGCGAGGGAGCUGGACGACCGGGAGGACGGCUCGCUCUGGGAGCAGUACUGGGAGGGGACCCGGGAGCGCUACCGGAAGAGGGCGACGAGGCACAAGUCCAGCGGCGCCCGGGAGGGCGAGUGGCGGUACCCCUUGGAGAAGAAGACCAAGUUCCCGGAGAUCGCGGGGCCGGAGGAGUCCCUGACGGGGUCGCUCUGGGACAGCCAGUCCCUCCGCGAGCGGAAGAGGGAGGCCCUGGCGGGUGAGUCCGCGGAGCAGCUGUUCCGGCGGCCCAAGCUCAAAUUCAGUAUCCAGUCCUCGAGGGCCGGCCAUCUCCCUUCGAACACCUCGUUCAGCAUCAUUAACGAGCUGGCGAAGAUGGGCGACCCCGAGGUCCUGGAAGUGGUGAAGGAGGAAGGAAGAAGACUCACUAGGCAAGCAGACUUUGAUUUAAGAAUGAGUGAGAGCCUGAGCAGCAGAGAGACCAGCUUUCUCCUCAGUGAAGCAGUAUUGCCUGCAAAGAGAUACAAUUUGUUCCUGAGGCGACGUCUUAUGUUUGAUAAAGAUAAACAAAGCAAAGACUCCAUCUUCUUCCGAGAUGGGAUUAGGCGAAUCGAUUUUGUGCUUUCCUAUGUUGAUGAAGUAAAGAAAGAAGCCGAACUAAAGAUGGAAAGAAGAAAAAUGUUUGAAGAAAACCUCAGAAAAACAGGUCUUGAAUUGGAAAUUGAAGACAAAAGGAACUCUGAAGAUGGAAAAACUUACUUUGUCAAGAUCCAUGCCCCUUGGGAGGUAUUAGUUACUUAUGCUGAAGUGUUGGGAGUCAAAAGGCCAAUUAAGGAGAGUGAUAUUCUGCGACCGGAGAAAAGCUCCUUCCUUCUUGGGCCUCUGAAGCUCCCAAAGGAUGUGAAGCAUCCUGAUCCGGAUUAUUUCACUGUCCAAUUUAGCAGACAUCGCCAGGAACUCUUCCUCAUUGAGGACAAGUCAAGCUUCUUUCCAUCCUCAUCAAGAAACAGAAUUGUUUAUUAUAUUCUUACCCGAUGUCCUUUUGGCAUAGAAGAUGGGAAGAAAAAGUUUGGGAUUGAAAGACUGCUGAAUUCUAACACUUAUUCAGCUGCCUAUCCACUCCAUGAUGGUCAAUAUUGGAAGCCAUCAGAACCUCCUAAUCCUACCAACCAAAGGUACCUACUUUUCCAGAAUUGGGCUCGGUUUUCCUAUUUUUACAAGGAGCAGCCUUUCGACUUGAUUAGGAAUUAUUUUGGAGAAAAAAUUGGCAUGUAUUUUGUCUUUCUCGGAUUUUACACAGAAAUGCUGGUCCUUGCAGCUGUAGUUGGUUUAGCUUGUUUUAUUUAUGGCUUAUUUUCCAUUCAUUCUAGCACAGCGAGCAUUGAAGUCUGUGACCCUAAGAUUGGAGGUCAGAUUAUCAUGUGCCCACUCUGUGAUCUAUUGUGUGAUUUUUGGAGACUAAAUACUACAUGUUUGUCUUCAAAGGUCUCUCAUUUAUUUGAUAAUGAGUCCACAGUGUUCUUUGCAAUAUUCAUGGGAAUUUGGGUCACAUUGUUUUUGGAGUUUUGGAAACAGCGUCAAGCCAGACUGGAGUGUGAUUGGGACCUGGUGGACUUCGAGGAGGAGCAGCAGCAGCUUCAGCUGAGGCCAGAAUUUGAAGCCAUGUGUAAAAAGAGGAAAAUUAAUCCUGUGACUCAGGAGAUGGAGCCUCACAUGCCUCUGAAGAAUCGGAUUCCAUGGUACUUCUUAUCAGGAGCCACAGUAACGUUAUGGAUGUCUCUUGUCGUUGCCUGUUUGGUGGCUGUGAUCGUGUACCGCCUGUCAGUCUUUGCUACAUUUUCCAGAUUCAUGGAAACUGAAGCAUCCUUAAAGCAUGUCAAAAGUUUUCUCACUCCUCAGAUAGCUACAGCACUCUCUGGGUCAUGCUUAAACUUUAUUGUCAUCUUGAUCUUGAAUUUCUUUUAUGAAAAGAUAUCUGCCUGGAUUACAAAGAUGGAAAUCCCUCGAACUUACCAGGAGUAUGAAAGCAGCCUGACCUUGAAAAUGUUCCUGUUUCAGUUUGUAAAUUUUUACUCAUCAUGCUUCUACUUAGCUUUCUUUAAAGGGAAGUUUGUGGGCUAUCCUGGAAAGUACACAUAUUUGUUUAAUGUGUGGAGAAGUGAAGAGUGUGACCCUGGAGGCUGUCUAAUAGAACUGACCACCCAGCUGACCAUUAUAAUGACUGGGAAACAGGUCUUCGGAAACAUUCAAGAAGCCGUUUAUCCGUUGGCUCUGAAUUGGUGGAGACGCCGAAAAGCUCGGACCAACUCUGAAAAGUUAUACAGUCGAUGGGAGCAGGAUCAUGACCUUGAGACUUUUGGAAGUCUUGGACUAUUCUAUGAAUACUUAGAAACAGUUAUCCAAUUUGGAUUUGUUACCUUAUUUGUGGCCUCUUUUCCUUUGGCUCCUGUUCUUGCUCUCAUGAAUAAUAUUUUAGAGAUUCGAGUGGAUGCCUGGAAACUUACUACUCAGUACAGGAGACCUGUAGCAUCUAAAGCUCAUAGCAUAGGUGUUUGGCAAGACAUUCUUCAUGCAAUGGCUGUUCUUUCUGUUGCAAGUAAUGCUUUUAUUGUUGCAUUUACAUCGGACAUCAUUCCUCGUUUAGUUUACUACUAUGCCUAUUCAUCAAAUGGCAGUGAACCUUUGAAAGGAUAUGUCAAUAACAGCCUGUCAAUAUUCCUGAUAGCCGAUUUACCAAACACCACUGCACCUUUGGACAAACGAGACUUCAUCACUUGCAGGUAUAGAGAUCACAGAUAUCCCCCUAAUCACGCAGAGAAAUACUCUCAUAAUAUGCAAUUCUGGCACGUCCUUGCUGCCAAAAUGACCUUCAUCAUAGUCAUGGAGCAUGUUGUGUUUUUAGUUAAAUUUUUGUUGGCUUGGAUGAUCCCUGAUGUUCCAAAAGAUGUUCUGGAGAAAAUUAAGCGAGAAAAGCUAAUGACAGUCAAGAUUCUCCAUGACUUUGAGCUUAAGAAAUUAAAAGAGAACUUGACAUUUGAUUCUAGUGAAUUUGACAAGGAAUUCAUGAUUCACGAAAACAAAGUAUAGCUGGCUAAAUCAACAAUCUAGUCAACAAAAUGAGUAAGCAGCUGGUAGCCUGACUGGCUUCACAUUUUCCCUAGAUUAGGGCCAGAGGCCAGAAGCCAUGUGUCAAUUUUAUCCCUUCUCCUUUUUUAACUCAAAUUUUUGUACACUUUUAUAGAGGCCAACUUUGUGAGGUCAGAAGAAUACCUUCUCUGCUCCAUUGGCUGGGCCCUCCCUAGAUAUUGUUUUCUGGGAUUCUAUAAAUGAUUGUUAAAAGUGCAUGUGGAAUCAGAAUAUGGAAAAUCAUGGAAUGUUGCAGUUUAUAAUCCAACACUGGACUAGGGCUGUCCCGUCACCUUCCAGUGCAUCUGCACAUUUUCAUGGUCUUCUACUGGGUUGUUUCAUAUCACUUUCCCAUCAAGAAAAAUGUUGGGACAAAGAGAAAAGAAGUGAAGGGGCUUAAAAGGCCAUAUUUAACCUGCCAUUUUAGACUAUGCAAAUGAAAAACCAAACUCAGAUGACAUAAGAAGACCCACAUAUUAAGUAUAUUGGGUAAAUAUCAUGGCGAGAGUAUGUUUCUGAAGUUGUCCUGAAUAAGUGAAACUUUCAUAAGAAUCCCAGGUGGUCCUUCAGGUAAAUGCAAAAUUGCUUUUUCAAGAGACUGAACAUUUGGGUUUCAACAAAAGACUAACAAUUCAGUUGUUUAAAGAUAACGUUUUGGUAAAAAUAGUUUGAAGACUGGAUUGUUUUAUCUGGAAAAGAGUAUUAAGAAGUUAUUAGAUUGUUUCAGGUCUUUGACUGAAUGAAAGAUAUUUUAAAGCAGUAAUGUCUUUUCUUUGUAGUUAAGAAAUGCAAGACAAUGUAUAUUGAUUAAUUUAUUGACCUUAAUAUAAAAAUGUUGAAUUAUUUUU